AUGGCUGAUCGAAGAGACAAAAAGGAAAAAGAAUAUGGAUCUGUCUAUGCGGUUUCUGGGCCUGUCGUCACAGCUCAGCAGAUGUCUGGCUCUGCCAUGUACGAGUUAGUGAGAGUCGGUCAUUUUGAGUUAGUCGGAGAGAUUAUUAGACUGGAAGGCGACAUGGCUACCAUACAAGUCUACGAAGAAACCUCCGGUGUAACAGUUGGAGAUCCAGUAUUGAGAACAGGGAAACCAUUGUCUGUGGAGUUGGGACCUGGAAUAAUGGGCAACAUAUUUGAUGGCAUACAAAGACCACUGAAAGAUAUUAACGAACUAACGAAGAGUAUAUACAUUCCAAAAGGUGUCAACAUUCCGAGCUUAGAUCAGCAAGUGCAGUAUCUAUUCCAGCCCGAGAAGUCUACCAAAGUAGGCUCACACUUAACAGGCGGGGACAUAUUCGGCCACGUUAGAGAAAACACCCUGGUCAUCCACUUCAUAAUGGUGCCCCCAAAGGUCAAGGGCACUGUCAAGUUCAUUGCCCAACCUGGAAACUACACCAUACAGGAAAAGUUAUUGGAAUUAGAGUUCGACAACCAAGUGACCCAUCUGACUAUGAUGCAGGUCUGGCCCGUCAGGACUAUGAGGCCCUAUAACGAAAAACUGGCUGCCAAUCAUCCACUCUUGACUGGGCUUAGGGUAUUGGACGCCCUGUUUCCGUGCGUUCAGGGCGGUACCACGGCUAUCCCGGGAGCUUUUGGCUGUGGAAAAACCGUAAUAUCCCAAUCCCUAUCCAAGUAUUCCAACUCGGAUAUCGUUAUUUAUGUGGGAUGUGGCGAGAGGGGCAAUGAGAUGUCAGAAGUACUCAGGGAUUUUCCAGAACUGACCAUGGAAGUGAACGGCAAGACAGAAUCAAUCAUGAAGCGAACGUCACUUGUAGCUAACACGUCAAACAUGCCGGUGGCCGCCAGGGAAGCUUCCAUUUAUACUGGUAUAACACUGUCUGAGUAUUUCAGGGACAUGGGUUACAAUGUUGCUAUGAUGGCCGAUUCAACCUCUAGAUGGGCUGAGGCUCUCAGAGAAAUUUCGGGGCGUCUGGCGGAGAUGCCCGCUGAUUCGGGCUACCCCGCCUACCUGGGGGCCAGACUGGCGUCAUUCUACGAAAGGGCGGGGAGGGUCAAAUGUCUGGGCAACCCUGAAAGAGAGGGCAGCGUGACAAUUGUUGGCGCGUUAGUUUUUUUUUCGUUCUGGUCGAUCCUCGUGAGAGAGAUCCUGCAGGAAGAGGAAGACUUGUCGGAAAUUGUGCAGCUCGUAGGAAAGGGCUCGCUUGCAGAGGGUGACAAGAUAACAUUGGAGGUUGCCAAGAUCCUGAAAGAUGACUACCUGCAGCAGAAUGGCUACACGCCCUAUGAUAGAUUCUGCCCUUUCUACAAGGCAGUAGGCAUGAUGAGGAACAUAAUAGGCUUCUACGACAUGGCUCGCCACGCUGUUGAGACUACGGCCAAUAGCGACAACAAGAUCACGUGGAACGUCAUAAGAGACCAGCUAUCCGGGGUCAUGUACAAACUGAGCAGUAUGAAGUUUAAGGAUCCCGUGUUGGAUGGUGAGAAGAAGAUAAAAGCGGACUAUGAGGAGCUGUAUGAAGAGAUGGUGCAGGCUUUCAGAGGAUUGGAAGAUUGA